AAAUUACAAGAACCUGAUCUGGCCACGAGAUUCAGCACCACGUGCUGGAGGGGAUGUAUUUCGAUGUUAUAUCCGUUAGGUGGUCGUUGAGAACUGCCCAAAGGCUUCAUUGGUGGGCUCUAGCUUUUCUACAGCGGUUGCCGUCGUGCUUAAUCGUUUGCGUAGUCGUAGCGCCUGGCCGUUGUGCUUCAGGCUUCCCCCGGGCUAAAUAAAUGGAACUAUUGCGGGAAAUUGUAGACCCAGGCACCAAGCCUGCGGGUUCGUAGGCAAUUAGUGCGUCCGUAAUAUAAGGAGGUUAAUGCACUCCACCUGCCGCUGGUUUGCGAACUGGAUAAAACUGGGAUCAUCCUGCCGGCGGUCUUGGCAUACAAAAAAAAAAUAAUUGCCAGG